AUGUUCUCCACAAGGAGGUUGCUUACGGGUGCAGGUGGCGCAGAAAUGACUGUGCCGUACACGAGGGGGAGUUAUCACAUUGUGCCGAAGAAGUACACUGUUGGGAAGCGUAUUGCGGUGCGCAGUUAUCUUGACCGAAACCGAACGGAGCUCUCUGACCGAACCUACAUGCCACAGAAGGCUUGGUUUGAGCCGUACACGCCGAGGCGCUUUGAAAGGGAUCAUGAGGAGCUUAGCUACAAUUUUUACAACCUUGAGACGAAGCUCAUUUGGACCGCAUUUGAUACCCCUGAGAAGAUUGGCAUGUUGAUCCAUGACGAGACCAUCAAGGGAGCAAAACAUCUCUACAACAAGGAGUUCCUGGAUGCUGCGUUGCACUGGACAAGAGAGGGUCGCUACUGGAGGUGUAUCGGUAUUACAAAGCCUUUUUACAACAAGAAAACAUUGCGGGUGCACUGCUGGCAUGAUAGGGGUGUCCAGAUUGGGACACUUGUUCUCUCACAGGCCAUGCGACACGCGUUGAUGGAUUUGGAGCGUGCUGUUCGACGAAAAGAAUUGGGCCUGCCACCAAACUACAUAUGGGACCGUUGGGGACCUAUUGGCUUUAUUGACGGUUCCAAAACAGACUAUUUACCCCGAUUUUCACAUAAUCCAUAUAUUGACCCUGACGGUGUAGAGGUGACAGAACUCGAUGUGGCGCCAUUCAACACACAUGAACAGAUUAAGGAACGGUAUAGUGAAUUUAUAGAGCCUGACCUCACCCCGUUUAGUGGGGUAUUUCGUUCGCCCUCGCAUGGUGCAUUGACACUCGAUGACGUGCCGGAGCAGGCCGCGGUGGAGUUAUUCCGUCAACUCAAAUCAAAGGCAGGCACACCCGUGUUUAGCGCUGGUGGAGCGGAAAUUGCACCAGCUGACAUGCGUGUUCUUUUUUACCUUAGCGCGGAUCCUCAGCGAAUGGAAAAGGCUCGAGGCGUCGAUUCUUGGCAGGAAGUAUGUGAAAUGUUGGCUCCCGUGCAGGAGGUGUGUGACGAAAAGAUCGAAGCUCUACGACUUUUGCAAAACACACGUCAUGACGUCAAUCGCGUGCGAACUUUUUAUGAGGAAAAGUGUGGGUUUGCAGAUUUCAUGUAUACACCAGACAAGGUUAUCACUGCGGCAGUGUUGUGUUACUUGCAGGAGUUACACCGCAUAUGCACAGAGACGGAGUGGGGCAAGCCGCUCGCCCUUGCAUUAACGGACAUGGAGAGAGUGCAAGUAAUGGGCAGAGAAGCCUUUUUGGUCUAUCGACACAUUGAGGACGCAAUUCUUGACAAGCGACGUCGAAUCUGGGCGACGCGCUUUGCUGGUGAAGCAAACGAAGAGAGUACACUUGACUAUCUUUUGGAAAACUUUGGUCGUCGUACGGAGCAGACGCGUAAUGUCGGCACUACUGGCGCAGAGUUUGACCGAGAACAGGAACCGAUUGGCCGACAGGUGCAGAGACGUGUUCUUGAUUCAGACAAAGCCAACAAAUUAGCCGAGGCCCGCCAAAAACGGGGUAAAAUGUGGUCGCAGAAAAAGAGCGUCUUUGACUCUCUUCAUCAGAAACAAUUGCAAAAUGUGACGUAUGGUGUACGUUAA